AUGUCCGACGAUCAGAAGGAAAUGGGCACUCUGGUAAUGUACAUACUGUUGAGAAAAGACUUGCAAACUUCGUUGAAAUGGCCGAUUGGUGCGUUAUGUUCCCAAGCUGCGCACGCUGCUACAGCAUGUCUUUGGUCUUUUAAGGAUGAUCCGGAUGUGGUCUCGUACAUGAAGGAUAUGGACAGCAUGCACAAAAUUACUUUGGCUGUAAGUGCCUAAUUUUUUUUGAUUGUUAUAUACGCUUUUUAGCCGCUUUUUUUGGGGUACAAAUGGUUUUUUUAAACCUUAAAAGCAAUUUUUAGUGUUUCAAGUUUUAUUUUAAUAGUUUUUGUUUUAGGUUGAGGACGAAGACAUGCUAAAAUCGUUGGCGGCCAAGCUGGAAAGCGAAAAAGUGCAGCACAAGGUAUGGAUUGAAGAUAACAUGCCGGUGUGUAUUGCCAUCAAACCCCAGCCACGUUCGCCAUUAAAGCCACUGCUGAGCCGUCUACAAUUGUACAAGUGA